AUGGCGCAAUCCUCUAAUAGCGUUUUGCAGCGAAAAGAUGGCCCGAUGUCAUGGCCAUUAUGGUGGCGAUUGAUCAUGAUGGGUAAUCUAUCCUUCUUCGUCAUGAUGGGUCAAGUUCUCGGUGCUUCCAUCCCUCCCAUGCUUCUCCCUCUUGUGAAGGACAUGCAUGUGAGCAGCACAAAGAUCUCUCAGCUUACAAGCUGGGGUACUCUUUGCAUUGGUCUCGGAAAUAUCUGGGCACUCCCCACCGUCGCAUAUAUCGGUAGUCGAUACACCAUCCUUAUCGGUCUUGCAGUAUUCACGGCCGGCUUCUUCUGGCAAGCCAGAGCACAAUCGUACGAAUCUCUACUCGCUGCUCGUGUCAUCGGCGGCUUGGGCGGUGGUGUUGUGGAGGCCUUAGGUCCAGUCGUUGUGGUGCUCCUAUUCCCACGCGAGUAUGUCGCCAGAGCCAUGAGCGUAUAUACCUGGGCUUUAGGUGCGGGCGCUGUCUUCGGUCCUCUGAUUACCGGCUACGCUGUCGAUAAUCUUGGCAGCUGGAGAUAUCCGAACUACAUCUUUGGCGGCAUCUGUGCUCUCAACCUUCUCGUCAUGAUCUUGAUGUUCCCAGAGCCUCUUACCAACAUCCGAGUUCCAGGUGAUCCAGAACGCUUAGAUAUCGCCAUCGAGUCUGCUGAUGAAGAACAAGGCGAUGAGCCGAAGAAGCCUUUGGAGGAGGUAGGUAAUGCGCAGCAAUACGAGACACGUCCGGCUUCAGUGGCGACAUUCGAGCCAUGCAAGCCCGGUGCACUCUGGUUCAGACGAUCAUUCUUUCUUACGCUCAGACAUAACCAUCCACCACCGAACUUCCUCUAUCUUGUCGUGGAGCCAUUCAAGAUACUCGUGUCUCCUGCUGUCGUCAUCACAGUCCUGCUCUUUGGCUUCUCAAUCGCCGGUACCAUCGCUACCUCAAUUCUUGUCUCGAUCACCUUCUCUCAGCCUCCCUGGCUAUGGACGUCUGGCCAAGUUGGUUUGUACAACAUUGCCCCACUCUUAGGUUUGAUGGCUGGCAUGCCUUUUGGUGGCGCCGGGGCGGAUUGGCUUGCUGAGAGGCAUCUGCGACGCCAUGGCGAGUUCAAGCCCGAGUCAGUAUUGCCCGUCCUCUUACCAUUUGCUAUCGCAACGCCAGUCGCUACAACCCUCAUAGGUGUUGGCUUCAAGCGCGGCUGGCACUGGGCUGUCGUUGGGCUCUUCUGGGCCAUCCUUAACGCCAAUCUCACCGGAGGCUGCAACGUUCUGAUUUCCUAUUGCACUGAGAGCUAUCCUAAGAAGGCCAUUCAGAUUGGUGUCGUGGUUAAUGUUAUUAAGAAUGUCAUUGGAUUUGGCGUAUCCUACAGCACUCUGGACUGGUGGAUGAAGGAUAAGUACUUCAUGUUCUUGACUAUUGCUCUGGUCAUUUUUGUGCUUUUCAUUGUGGCCGUUCCGUUGUGGAUUAGUGGACCGAAGAUUACUCGCAAGACGAAGACAUGGGUGAAAUAUGAGGAGGAAUAG